AAUCGAUGGCAGGUCAGGCUCUCUAGAACUUUGUUGCAUGCCAAAUAAAUAGCAGUGCGUUGUAAGAUUAUAUAUAUACAGAUAGAGUUUGUAAACUUACAUAUAUAGUGGAAGUCAUUCUUGGAGAUUAAGAAGGCUAGACUUCAAAAACUACUAAAAUGGAUAAAGACGAUGUCACCAUCGACGUCCAUGAUGAAUCGGCCGCAGAUCACAACGUCAAGACCACUGCCGGAGCUGACGUUCAAGAUUCUGAACCGAGUUUGCAGGCCAAAGGCGUCGAGAAGAUGUCUUCUUUCGGGAAAGCUACCUCACGGUUAAGGAAGGCGGCUCAAAAGGUGAAGCGCAUUGCUUCGUUGUCCAAACGAGCAAAGGCGAGGAGCUUCGACAGGAACAAGUCGGCUGCAGCUCAUGCUUUAAUGGGGCUCAAGUUCAUCAGCAAGACCGAUGGUGACGCUGGAUGGGCCAAAGUGGAGAGCCAGUUCAAGAAGCUCACCGCUUCCACCGGUGGCUUGCUUCAUCGUGCGAACUUCUACGAAUGCAUAGGGAUGAAAAAGGAGUCGGAAGACUUUGCAGGUGUGCUCUUCGAUGCGCUUGCCAGGAGGCGGAACAUAAAAGGUGAAAAAAUCAACAAGGAACAGCUAAAAGAGUUUUGGGAUCAAAUCUCAGAUCAGAGCUUCGACUCUAGGCUUAAAACUUUCUUGGACAUGGUUGAUAAAGAUGCAGAUGGCAGAAUCAGUAAAGAAGAAGUCAAAGAGAUUAUCAGCCACAGUGCUUCCGCCAACCACCUAAAUAUCCAAGAAAAAGCCGACGAAUAUGCAGCCUUGAUCGUGGAGGCGUUAGAUCCAAAUAAUCAUGAAUUCAUCAAGAUAGAAAACUUGGAGACGCUAUUGUUGGAAGCACCAAACCAUCCUGAAAGAGGCGAAAGCCGGAUCUUCAGCCUAAUUCUGAGUGAGAAACUUCGGCCUACUCAAGACAACAAUACGUUAACGAGAUGGUAUCAGGACUUCAAGUAUUUCUUGGAGGAUAACUGGCAGAGGGCUUGGGUUUUAGGACUCUGGAUUGCGGUUAUGUUGGGGCUAUUCGCAUACAAGUUUGUGCAGUAUCGGAAUAGAGCUGCGUAUGAGGUUAUGGGUUACUGCGUUUGUAUGGCAAAAGGGGCAGCCGAGACCCUCAAGUUGAACAUGGCUCUGAUUUUACUACCAGUCUGCCGAAACACCAUCACCUGGCUCAGAAACAAGACCAAACUAGGCAUCGCCGUUCCAUUUGAUGACAACAUAAAUUUCCACCAAGUAAUAGCAGUGGCAGUUGGAAUUGGGGUUGGGAUACAUGGGAUUUUUCAUUUAGCGUGUGACUUUCCUCGCCUUAUUGAUGAAGAUCAUGAGAAAUAUGAUGAGCUAAUGAAGCAAUAUUUCGGGGACCAGCCUUCAAGUUACUGGCAUUUCGUAAAGGGAGCAGAAGGGUGGACAGGGAUUGUGAUGGUGGUAUUGAUGGGAAUAGCCUUUGCACUUGCAUCGCCAUGGUUGAGGCGAGGCACCCCAAAUCUGCCCAAACCUGUCAAGAAGCUCACUGGCUUCAACGCCUUCUGGUAUGCACACCACCUCUACGUUAUCGUGUACACUCUUCUCAUUGUGCACGGAAUCAAGCUUUACUUGAUCCGUGAAUGGUACAAGAAAACGACCUGGAUGUACUUGGCAGUUCCGAUUAUGCUAUACGUGGGUGAAAGAUUCAUUAGAGCAUUUAGAUCUACUACCGAGCAAGUUGAUAUACAAGAGGCGCAUGUUUAUCCUGGAAAUGUUUUGAUGCUUCGCAUGUCAAAGCCUGACGGCUUCGAAUACAAAAGUGGGCAAUAUAUGUUUGUAAAAUGUGCUGCUGUUUCUCGAUUUGAAUGCAGGCACCCAUUCUCCAUAACUUCAGCCCCUGGAGAAGACAAACUGAGUGUUCAUAUCCGAGCUCUCGGCGAUUGGACACGACAAAUCAAAACUGUGUUCCAACGGGAGUUGGAGGCCGGUGUGCAGGGAAACAAGAAACCGGUAAUGAUUCACAGUUUUCCAAGAGUGUUGAUUGAUGGUCCGUACGGAGCACCAGCACAAGACUACAAGAAAUACGAAGUGGUGUUGCUAGUAGGGUUAGGAAUCGGGGCAACACCGAUGAUCAGCAUUGUUAAGGACAUUGUGAACAACGGGAAUGGAGAGGCUGGUGGUGACAGCCACUUCAAUACAAAAAGGGCAUACUUCUACUGGAUGACGAAGGAACAAGGUUCGUAUGAAUGGUUUAAAGAAGUGAUGAAUGAGAUUCCUAAAAUGGAUAAGAAUGGAGUGAUAGAGAUGCGCAACUACUGCACUAGUGUCUACGAAGAAGGUGACGCUCGCUCGGCUCUCAUUGCCAUGAUUCAGUCACUCCACCAUGCCAAGAAUGGUGUCGAUGUUGUCUCUGGUACCUGUGUCAAGUGCCAUUUCGGCAGGCCUAAUUGGUACAAGGUCUUCAAACGCAUUGCUCGCAUUCACAGUGAUGCUACAGUUGGGGUGUUUUACUGUGGACAACAAGGACUUGUGAAGGACCUAAAAAAGCUAGCUUCAGAAUUCUCUCACAAUCCCAGGAUCAACACCAAAUUUGAAUUUCACAAUGAGAAUUUUUGACCUCAAUGCAAGAAACAGCAGAUCAAACAAAUAUCUAGAGUGCCCACCAUCCCAAUCUCUCUCUCUUAUGUAAAAAGCUAAAGUUUGUGUUGUGUGUUUCCACGUACCACUUUACAGCACGAGUUUGCAAUUAUUGACGGACAAGUGCGACAUAUCGUGAAGACGAAAUUAAAGGUGUACAUAAAGUGCUCGGAAACCCAUGUGAGGUUCUUGGAGUCUUGAAUAAUUAAUAUUUUGAUCAAGAUGCAUCGAAUUUGGUGGGCAUUACGAUGCAAUUAAGCUGUGUUUAUUUGCUUUUAUUUAUGCUGUUAAGUCAUGAGUACGUUCAAAAGUCAUGAGUUAACCUCCAUGUAAAUGUAACAGAAGGAUGGAGUGUACUCUUGAUUGGAUCAACGAGUGAAUGAAUAUAAAAUUAUGUUGUAAAA